UUUCCUCACUACUAUCACUCUUCCCAAAGGGAACACCAAAAAAUGAAUUCCCUUUCAUGCUUUCUCAUUGUUUUUUCUCUUUCUCUUCUAACUUCAAAUUUUGUUUCAUCCUCUGCAGUUCAAGACCCUGAACUAGUUGUACAAGAUGUACAAAGGAGCAUCAAUAAUGCUUCUAGGAGAAACUUGGGUUAUUUAUCAUGUGGAACUGGCAACCCAAUUGAUGAUUGUUGGAGAUGUGACACAAAUUGGGAAAACAACCGACAAAGAUUAGCUGAUUGUGCAAUUGGAUUUGGCAAAGAUGCAAUUGGUGGAAAAAAUGGUAAAAUCUAUAUUGUCACUGAUUCAAGUGAUGAUGAUCCAGUUAACCCUAAGCCAGGAACAUUAAGAUAUGGUUCAAUACAAGAUGAACCAUUAUGGAUAAUAUUCAAAAGAGAUAUGGUAAUUACAUUAAAACAAGAACUUUUGGUAAAUUCAUUCAAAACAAUUGAUGGAAGAGGUGCUAGUGUGCAUAUAGCAAAUGGGGGGUGUAUAACAAUACAUUAUGUUAGUAACAUUAUAAUACAUGGUAUUAAUGUUCAUGAUUGUAAACCAAGGGGGAACACAAAUAUUAGAGACUCACCAGAACAUUAUGGAUUUUGGACGGUUUCAGAUGGUGAUGGAAUUUCAAUAUUUAAUUCAAAGCAUAUUUGGGUUGAUCAUUGUUCUUUGUCUAAUUGUCGUGAUGGAUUAAUUGAUGUUAUACAUGGAUCUACGGCUAUUACUAUUAGUAACAAUUAUAUGACUCAUCAUGAUAAGGUCAUGCUUUUAGGACAUAGUGAUUCUUAUACACAAGAUAAGGACAUGCAAGUCACUAUUGCUUUUAAUCAUUUUGGAGAAGGCCUUGUCCAAAGAAUGCCAAGGUGUAGACAUGGAUAUUUUCAUGUGGUGAACAAUGAUUACACUCACUGGGAAAUGUAUGCAAUUGGUGGAAGUGCAAACCCUACAAUCAACAGCCAAGGAAACAGAUUUCUAGCACCAAAUAAUAGAUUUAGCAAAGAAGUAACAAAAUAUGAAAAUGCUCCACAAAGUGAAUGGAACAAUUGGAAUUGGAGAUCAGAGGGUGAUUUGUUCUUGAAUGGAGCAUUCUUUAGACAAAGUGGUGCUGGUGCUUCUUCUAUCUAUGCUAGGGCUUCAAGUCUUAGUGCAAGACCAUCUUCUCUUGUUGCUUCCAUUACUACCACAUCCGGCGCGCUUAAUUGCAAGAAGGGUGUUCGUUGCUGAUUCACGACUUAAAAAAGUUGAAUUAACGACGAAAAAUUUGAGAAAAAAAAUAUAUUAUAUAACUUAUUUUUACUUUUGUCGGUGAAUAUUAGAGACGUUAAAAUUGAAUAUCAAUUUCGUCCUUGAUUUUCGAGAGUAAUUCAACUUUUUAAAUAGUGAUUAAUGAUUACUAUAAUUGCAUGAAA